GAUGCUGUAUCAUCUUCGCCUCUAAACCCCCUUAAACACACAAACCCUGGAUUAAUGUCAGAGGAUCACAGAGGGGAUUUACUUCUAAACAGCUGGGAUUAUCGAUCGACCCCCUUAGUAGCUAUAAAAUAUUUGUUUUGGACUGUUUUCAAUUAUAUUCUUCUGAAACUACUCAGUUUGGUAUUUAAAAGUUGGGUUAUUACAGCUGCUGAACUUGUAAGGUACUUUGAACCUGCUUAACUGAAAAAUAGCUCUAUUUUUUGGCAGAAUUCAAGCAGCAUCUUCCGUUUGCAUACAAGUGUACUAUCUUUUUUUCAGGCGAAGGAAUAAGCAGCCGUUUCUAUCGCUGUGUCCAUCCGCUGCUGAGCAACCGAUCCUCCUUUGCGCGGAGCGACUCUCUGCUGUGCGCCUGUAGUUCCAGCUCGGAUACUUCGCCGUUCAUUCCCUCUUUUUGAUUUGUUUGAUCUGCGGUUAAGAGGUUGGUUUUUGUAUCUGUAAGGUAACGUUACCUGCUCCAAUUAGUCGGCUGAAAUGCUAUUUUUAUUGCCAUUUAAUGUGCAUGGUCCAUCGUCUGUAUUUUCUAAACCCUUCCCGAAGCUGUAGAGAGCGAACUUUCGAAAACACGGAUAUUUUUUGCCACCCAUGACCGAAACAAUGGCGUUAAGUGGAAACUCUAGAGCUAAAGACAGCAGUUUUCCAGACGUUAUUGAACUAAACGUCGGGGGGCAAGUGUAUUAUACCCGUCACGCCACGUUAAUCGGCAACCCCGGCUCCCUUUUGGGGAAGAUAUUCUCUACUAAAAAUAACGCAUCGAAUGAUCUGGCCAGGGACCCCAAAGGUCGUUACUUCAUCGACCGGGAUGGGUUUUUGUUCAGAUAUGUGUUAGACUACCUCAGAGACAAGCAGGUUGUCCUCCCUGACCACUUCCCUGAGAAGGGACGGCUGAGGAAAGAAGCGGAGUACUUUCAAUUGCCAGACUUGGUUAAACUCUUAACCCCGGACGACUUGAAGCCCAGUCCCGAUGAAUACAUCCACAGCGAUUACGAGGACGGCUCUCAAGGAAGCGACCAGCGGAUGUGCCCUCCACCGUCGCUCGUUCCCGCCGACAGAAAAAGCGGGUUCAUCACAGUCGGAUAUCGCGGGUCUUGUACGAUGGGCAGGGAGAGUCAAACCGAUGCCAAAUUCCGGAGGGUGCCGCGGAUUAUGAUUUGUGGGAGGAUUGCGCUGGCCAAAGAAGUUUUUGGCGAGACCCUGAACGAGAGCAGGGACCCAGACAGGACCCCUGAUAGAUACACCUCCCGCUUUUACCUCAAGUUCAAGCACCUGGAGCGCUCUUUCGACAUGCUCUCGGAGUGCGGCUUCCAGAUGGUCGCCUGUAACUCGUCAGUGACGGCCUCGUUCGUCAACCAGCAUACUGACGACAAGAUAUGGUCAAGUUACACCGAGUACGUCUUUUACCGUGGCCCAUCUCGCUGGUCAUCUCCACCUUGCGACUGCUGCUGCAAGGGUCACAAAGGUGAAGGGGAAGGUGAGAGUGGAACCUCCUUUAAUGAACUCUCCACCUCCAGCUCAGAGAGCCACUCCGAGGCCAGCUCCCCACAAGGUACCGUCAUCCGUGGCCCAGUCAGCCGGCAGACGCACGUGCAAACGUUGGACAGGCCUCCCAAGAAAGGCCCUGUUCAGCAUCUCCUUCAGCAACAGCAGUCCGAGCAGCGUCGCAAGAGUGACCUUCUCCGGACGCUUACCGCAAGUUCCCGGGACACCAGCACCUGCAAGAAGCGGCCAGCAAAAGAAAAGUUGACUGUGGAAGAGGAGCUGGAAAAGUGCAUCCAGGACUUCCGCAAAAUCAAGAUUCCCGAGCGCUUUCCCGAGCGCAAGUACAUGUGGCAAGCCGACCUCCUGCGCAAAUACCGUCUUUGAGGGAUGGCGGUAAUCUAAAAGCGCAAGCUACAAUAGCGUACGUGUUCACUACUAAUACUACAACUACUAUUGCUAGUACACACCACACUACUACUGCCUCUGACUUGUUGUCAGUGUCGCUUGAUAACCCGAGUGACCACUCCAUCCACUCGAACACUAAUUGUUUACUUGUAAACACCUACAUUUUUGUAGAGUUCCAGAGAGACGCAAGUGUUUUCGAAAGACGCACAACUACUUGUUUCUUUGGUUUCGGUCUCCCUUGCUGAUUUACACUUUGUGUGUAAUUGUGUUUGUUACAACUGAAUUUUUGACUUCGGUAUGUUAGUGCCACAGCUGUUGAGUUGAGGUGGCCCAGAGGUUGAAAGAUGAAUGUGUAUCCACCUCAUAAAUAAUGCAUGUGGUCCCAACUGUGCCCUUUCUAAGAAUAGCCACUGCUUUGGCGGAUGUGAGAGUGGGUUUCCAUUUCAACACCCUAAGAAGCACAGAAGACCAUGGAGCCAACCCUAUUUUCCCUUUUUCGGAUCCUCCACGUUCCAUUUUCACACCUCAGCCAAGCUGCAAUCAAAAACCCCUCCGCAUAUAGUCAUGGCAAAAAAGGGUUGUGGGUGGAAACUCAAUAGCAUCACAUAAAGGCUUUGAAACUGCUGCCUGAAACAUUGAUUUAAACAUGAUAUUCCAAACGGGAGUGGAUGAUGACUUACUCCUGAGGUCAAAGGUUAAAUACGGAAAGUUCAGAAAAUCAGGACAAUAAGAGGAAAGGGUUGAGGUUAUAUCCUGGAAGCAAUCACACAUUGAUUAACAUGAACAUAGUUUAGGGUUGUGCAAUCGUUUUGCUGAACAUAUUUUACUGUUCUUUCCAUCGCUUAUAAUAGUGAGCAAAUGAGGGAAACGGAAGACUUCUGGUUGUAUGUUCUGUAAGGACAAUUAAAUUGAACGAGACCCAUGCAUAACUGAUUAUAAUUUAGUGGGAAAAUAUUGGUGUACGUAAUGGUUAAUAAUUAGCAUGAUCCUUAAUAAACACACCAAUAAGGCUUAGAUAUAUUUUGUUUAAUUUAACUUUUAACAUUUUGCAAUGAUUUGCAAGGAUUUUCGGAUCCAAUAUAAGCACCAUCAUUUGCUGCUACUGAAUUUAUGAAAACUGAAAACUAUGCUUGACAGACCUCAGUGUAAGGAGAAUGGAUUAAUAGCUUACAAUAUUUAAAUAAAAACUAAAAUAAUAAUAAUAAUAAUAAUGCCACAUAUUUAUUUUCAAACUAUUAAGUUGCAAAACUAUGGACAUUUUUAACUAUGGAAGUGAAAAAUUUGCCUCUUCAUCAUCUUUUCACUACUUUCCUAUAUUUUAUACCUUAUCUUAUUAUGAUAAACAGCCUUAAACUGAUUUUACCUUAAUGUUACACAACUGAUUACAAAAGAGAGGCACAUACACAUUACAUCACAUCUUCACAGAUUUUAUGUGUAAGAUGUGGACCUUUUGAUUUGUAGUUCAUUCUGUUUACUGAUGCAUCUACUGUUAAUAUAUAUAUUCAAAAUAAUUCAAACAUUACAUUUCUACACUAUGUGAGGUGUGAAAGACUCCAGAUGCACACUUGGGAUGUAUUCAAUUCAGAAAGCUUUGAGGGGUAAAUGACGGGCAUGGUCUUGCCAACCGUCGUUUCUCAAAGUAGCCCUUUGAAUUGGAAUAUAAAUUAAAAUUCAUUGAGUGCUAAUCAAAAUGUAGCCUCCAGCCUCCCAUUCCCCUAUCAUGAAGCCUAGUUACCACAGACAUAAAACUGAAAGGGCAGAGAGAAUAGCAUCUAUAAUAGAAUAGAUUAUUUACUAUCUGUGUGCAUAAAAGGAUAGAGUAAAGUCAUUAAUUAUUGCACAGGUUUCCUAGUCCGCCCAAAAAAAAAAAAAAAAAAAAAACUUUCCAUAUUGUAAAAUAAAAACAUUGCAUUUCACUUGUAAAUAACAUUCAAACGUAUUUUAUAUAAAUUGCACUUGUAAUCUAUAAGAGAUUACUCCUAGAUCACUCACGACCGUCACAAAAUCAUAAUAAAAUUUUUGGAGUCCAUAUGAAUUAUAUAUAUAUGAAUUAUAUAAUGAUGUACCAGAUGCAGUAAGUCAAUGGGAAAAGACCCAAUUGUGGAAUUAGAGUUGAGCUGUUGUAUGUCACACAAACUCACCGCUGCUUUAUACCAGGAAGUACCUGGAGAUUCAGGUGGCAUUCAAGCUGUGCUGUGCAGGCACCACACAUCCACACCUCUAUGGCCCUUUCAUCUUUAUUUUAUUUAGACCUACAUCUAUACGUACACUAUUUUGGGGAUAUAUAGCAAGGGCUUUGGUGGUAAAAGCCACUUUUAUAGUAGCCAGAAAGAGAGAUCAAUACAUUAUCAUUUGAUUAGAUAAAAAUUCAGCAAUGGAAUUAAUGGCAUUUUGAUAAUAACACAAUUACUCAGUAAAAUCUUAACAAACUUCCAUUUAAAGACGCAUUCACACUGGCAGUGGUUUAUGUUAAACAUCAGUACUGUAUGUUCUGAUUGACUGUUAUUGUGCUGCGUGUAGCAUUUGCACUUUUAAUGUAGGCAGACAAAUGACUUGUCAUGAGAUCCCAGGCCUCUUUCUCACCCCAUGCAAAAUCACUACAAAAUCCUCACAAAUCUAAAAUGUAACAUCAUACACAUCGGCCAAAAAAGAAAGUAUGAAUGCUCUUUAACUAUAUUUACCAUCACAAGCUUUUGUAAUAUAUACUUUUAUAUACCAAAUUAUCAAAUAUGGAAUUAUCUACUCGCCUGUUCUUCUUUCUUUUCUGUCACAUAAUAACAGGCACAAAAAUUGUAGCUUCUAUUCAGUAAAUCUGACUGAAUUCAUACUGUUAUUUAUUACAGUUUGGGGUUUAGAGAUAUAAAUAUGGUCUCCCUCCUCAAGUAAAUCAGAUUUCCCGAUGAUUAGGUUUGUAAAGUUCUUAAUGGAGUGGUGCAGAUGUGACAUCAGAACCUGGAAGGAAAAACAUAUCUGCUUCAAAAAAAAAAUUCGGUGUGCAGUUUACAAAAUGUCAAAGUAACAAAAUGUCAUAAGUUAAGUUAUGUUUACCACAGGCUUUAUUUUACUCAUAAAUUGAAGGAAAAGAAAGAAAGAAAUAUAUGAAACCCCAUAAGAAAGUAUUGAAGAAACCAGUGGCGAAAUUAGUCUUCUGGGCUCUGACAUCACAUCUGCAUCACUCUGUUGCACACUUUUGAUUACCUUUAUAUAAUUAAUGGCCAUUAUUAGAGGAAAUGCAUGUGAUGUGAAACAGGACUCCGAGUUAGCAGCUAAUGUUCAUUUGAAAUUCAGUGCCCAUAACACAGGUUUCAUCUCACAUUUCUCAAAGGUAUGACUCUCAGCAGUUUCACAUUGGCACAUUUUUCAAUAUUCUUUUUCUUAAGUUAUCCUGUCUUUCUCCGAUCGGAUGGGAUAGUCUGAUUCCCCUUUCUAUUUCAAAGGAAAAGCUCAUGUCUUGCCAUUUAUUAAAGUCCGCAGCAAGCUGCAGCUUGAGAUCAGUGUUAUGCUAUUGUGUUUGACAUGUUUAUUUAUUAUUUAUAAACUCAUAGCGCUGCACAUAUUUAGUUUGAAAACCUACCGAAGAGUUCAGAUAACCACACUUUUAUUUUAUACUAUUCUGAUAAAGGCCUUAGAUAUAAAUGAAAAACGUGUUGCUAUUUCUUAUACAUGUAUCAUAUACAUAUACUGUAUCUUCAUAAAGGUAAAUGUUCCUUUAAAAACCAAGUGCACAGAAAAUGUAUUAUUGGCAAUGC